AGACCUGUUUAGGGAGGCAAGGCAUGAACUUUUGAAUGGCUAAUGGGAGUCCCCAGAGCUGCAGACAUGCGGAGAAGCUGGCCCCCAUUAUGUCCCUUGACUUCCAUGUUUGCAAUCCUAGAGAGUGGACAUCCCUUGAAUGAUUGAAGAAAAGACAAACCUAACAGUUUUGUAAUGCUAAAUAAGAAUGGAUUAAGCUCUCCAAUAAUAUGAAGAAGUCACAGAGUGGAUUAAAAAGCAGAAUUCAACAAUGUCUUUGUUCACUGGAAACAGUUAAUCCAGAAAAUCCGGAAUCUGUUCUCUACUUUUGGAGUCCAAAAUUAAUCCUAACACUGCAUACCAGAAGCAGCAGGACACUUUGAUCGUGUGGUCUGAAGCAGAAAAUUAUGACUUGGCCCUUAGCUUUCAAGAAAAAGCUGGAUGUGAUGAAAUAUGGGAAAAAAUAUGUCAGGUUCAAGGAAAAGACCCUUCCGUGGAUAUUACUCAGGAUCUUGUGGAUGAAUCCGAAGAGGAACGUUUUGAUGAUAUGUCAUCACCAGGUUUAGAAUUGCCAUCUUGUGAAUUAAGUCGACUUGAGGAAAUUGCUGAACUUGUGGCAUCUUCUUUACCUUCCCCCCUUCGUCGUGAAAAACUCGCACUAGCACUGGAAAAUGAGGGCUAUAUUAAAAAGCUCUUAGAACUUUUUCACGUGUGUGAGGACUUGGAAAAUAUUGAAGGACUACACCACUUAUAUGAAAUUAUCAAGGGAAUCUUCCUCUUGAAUCGAACUGCACUUUUUGAAGUUAUGUUUUCUGAGGAAUGUAUAAUGGAUGUAAUUGGCUGUCUAGAAUAUGAUCCUUCUCUAUCACAGCCACGGAAACACAGGGAAUUUCUUACAAAAACAGCCAAAUUUAAAGAGGUGAUUCCUAUAUCAGAUCCUGAGCUAAAGCAGAAAAUUCAUCAAACUUACAGAGUUCAGUAUAUACAAGAUAUGGUUCUACCCACCCCUUCAGUUUUUGAGGAAAAUAUGUUAUCAACACUUCAUUCCUUCAUCUUUUUUAAUAAAGUUGAAAUUGUCGGUAUGUUACAGGAAGAUGAAAAGUUUUUGACAGAUUUGUUCGCACAACUAACAGAUGAAGCAACAGAUGAAGAAAAGAGACAAGAAUUGGUUAAUUUUCUUAAAGAGUUCUGUGCAUUUUCCCAAACAUUACAACCCCAAAACAGAGAUGCUUUUUUUAAGACAUUGUCAAGUAUGGGCAUCCUACCAGCUUUAGAAGUCAUCCUUAAAAAGAAAAGUACUUUUUAUCUACAGGGUAUGGAUGAUGCACAAGUGCGAAGUGCUGCUACUGAUAUAUUCUCAUACUUGGUUGAAUAUAAUCCAUCCAUGGUACGAGAGUUUGUCAUGCAGGAGGCACAACAGAACGAUGAUGUAAGUAAGAAGUUAACAGAGCAAAAAAUAACCAACAAGGAUAUUCUACUUAUCAACCUUAUUAUAGAACAUAUGAUUUGUGAUACAGAUCCUGAACUUGGAGGAGCAGUCCAACUUAUGGGUCUGCUUCGAACUUUAGUUGACCCGGAGAACAUGCUAGCCACUGCCAACAAAACUGAAAAGACUGAAUUUCUGGGUUUCUUCUACAAGCAUUGCAUGCAUGUUCUUACGGCUCCCUUGCUGGCAAACACAACAGAGGAGAAACCUAGUAAAGAUGACUUUCAAACUGCCCAGUUAUUGGCACUUGUGUUGGAAUUGUUAACAUUCUGCGUGGAACACCAUACCUACCACAUAAAGAAUUACAUUAUUAAUAAGGACAUCCUGCGGAGAGUACUAGUUCUCAUGGCUUCAAAGCAUGCUUUCUUGGCAUUAUGUGCCCUUCGUUUUAAAAGAAAGAUCAUUGGGUUGAAAGAUGAAUUCUACAACCGAUACAUAAUGAAAAGCUUUUUGUUUGAACCAGUAGUCAAAGCAUUUCUCAACAAUGGAUCCCGAUACAAUUUAAUGAACUCUGCCAUUAUAGAGAUGUUUGAAUUUAUUAGAGUGGAAGAUAUAAAAUCAUUAACAGCUCAUGUAAUUGAAAAUUACUGGAAAGCACUGGAAGAUGUAGAUUAUGUACAGACAUUUAAAGGAUUAAAACUGAGAUUUGAACAACAAAGGGAAAGGCAAGAUAAUCCCAAACUUGACAGUAUGCGUUCCAUCUUGAGGAAUCACAGAUAUCGGAGAGAUGCACGAACACUAGAAGAUGAAGAAGAAAUGUGGUUUAAUACUGAUGAUGAAGACAUGGAAGAUGGGGAAGCUGUGGUUCCUCCAUCUGACAAAACAAAAAAUGAUGAAGAUAUUAUGGAACCAAUCAGUAAAUUCAUGGAAAGGAAAAAAUUAAAAGAAAGUGAAGAAAAGGAGGUACUUCUGAAAACCAAUCUUUCCGGUCGCCAGAGCCCAAGCUUCAAGCUCUCCCUCUCCAGUGGAACAAAGACUAACCUUACCAGUCAGUCAUCUACAACUAAUUUGCCUGGAUCUCCAGGAUCACCUGGGUCUCCAGGUUCACCAGGAUCUCCUGGAUCCGUUUCUAAAAGCACAUCUCAGACGGCAGCUAUUACUACCAAGGGAGGCCUCGUGGGUCUUGUAGAUUAUCCUGAUGAUGAUGAAGAGGAUGAUGAAGAUGAAGAUAAGGAAGAAACUCUACCAUUGUCAAAGAAAGCAAAGCUUGAGUCAUAAUAAUGGCAACUGCCUAAGAUCAGUUCCUGUUGAAAAAACUGGUUCUCUACUAAACGCCCCUCACCCUCACCCCCAAAAGAUCCACAACAAAGCAGCAGUCUCUUGUGAAUGACUGACAUAGAUCAGCCUUAUACACUUGGCUUUCUGCUAAUCAAGUGCCAAUUCAAUGGAGCAGAAGGAGGGGGAAAUUAUUCAUUUAGGGGAAAGACUUAAGCCUUUGAGCUUUCCAGCUUGGACCACACAUUGCCCUUUUCUCAGGGAAGGAAAUGGAAACAAAAAAAAGCCAACAGGGCAGGAGUUUUGUUAGUGGAACUCUGGAUUGGCUGGUCAGUUGCUACAAUCAAUAUAUGCUUUCUUGGACCAUGUAUGAGACUUAGAAGAAUGGGCUUUUCUGGUCUAAUUCUUCACUAGUAAGAAUGCCAGCAGUUUCUUUGUAUAAAGAGACCUGCCUUUGAAAUCAUACAUUCUGAACAUUUUAGUCAAGCUACAAUAGGUUUGGAAAAACCUCUUUGGGGGAGGGGCUGAGUAUAAAGUUUCCUCUUUUUUAUCUGUUCCCUUUGCCCUUCAAACUGCAGAUUUUUUUUUAAGUGAGGAUUUGUCCUUACUUGAUUAAAGAUUGAGUGGAAUUCUA